AUGUUCUACCCACUGGAACUUCCUAGGCCCCGUCGGCCACUUUACAGGGAUUAUGGAGGAAAAUCGGGACUCAUUCAGACGCAGCAGGUUACCAAGGAUAGAAAUCGGUUGGGAAAACUUUGGACAUUUUUUCUGCCCUAUCUCAAGGAUUACGCCGCAGAAUCCUCGGUGCAUGGCAUACGAUAUCUGGCUGAUCCCAAGAUGAGGAAGUUUGAGAGGCUAAUCUGGCUGCUGAUUCUGAUAACCACUAGCAUUGGUGCCAUUAUGGUUUACGUGGACCUGAGCGAACUCUAUCAAUCGGUGCGUAUUCAGACCACCAUUAAGAACACCAUGCUCCCGAUAUUCCGGGUGCCAUUUCCCUCGAUUGGCCUGUGUGUGAGAAACCGCCUGAAUUGGAAACUCCUGGAAAACGGGGCAGCUGAGCAUUUUCUGGGCGCCAAUGCAUCUGCAGCCCAAAAGGAUCUCUUCGUAAAGUUCUUCACAGCUGCCGGAGAUCCCCAUUUGGCCCGCAUGAACGAAAUGUCCAGUUUCUUUACGAAUCGAACUCUGACUGCUGAUUUGCAUAUGUUAGAUGACUUAAAUCUUCGUGAGGUCUACGAAUAUAUCCAGUUUAAGUGCGAAGAUCUCUUUCAUGUCUGCCGAUGGCGGGGUAAUCCAGUCAACUGCUGCGAGGUCUUUGAGAACCAAUUUACGGAGUCCGGUUUGUGUUUUGUUUUCAACACGGAAAUUAGUCCGGCAUCGCGAAAUAGAGCGAAGGAGGACAAAUACUAUCCCCUACGCACACCUCAGUACGGCGAAGGUUCCGGCCUGGAUAUUUUCAUCAGGCUUCACAGAUCCUUUAUACGUCCUGGAAAGCGGGGCAUAAAUGUGAUGAUCAAACAGCCGCAGCAGUGGAGCGAUGUAGUGCGUCAUGUGCCACAUGAAGCUCAUACCAGGAUCAGCAUGACACCCAGGUUUACGAUCACAGAUGAACGAACGAGAUCCGUUACGCCGGAUAUACGAAGAUGCAUCUUCCCGGAUGAGGUCGACAGUCCGCUGUACAAAAACCUGCCGGAUUUCCAGUACUGGGUGGGAAACUGCCGCACCAAGUGCCACCAGGAACAUGUCCUCGAGCUCUGCAAAUGCUCACCAUCCAUAUUUUUUCCCGUUAACGAAAAAGAUAACUUUACCGUCUGCAAAGCUUCGGACUUUAAGUGUCUUUAUGACAACAGACUUACCUUCAGCAUUGAACGCCAUCCCGAAGAGAAAGAAUAUGUAAAAAAUGCUCUUAAUGAAAGCAUGAUCUGUGACUGUUUUACCAGCUGCACUCAGCUUAUUUUUGAGCGUGUUUACACCACAACUACACUGGAUAAUAAUGAAACCGAUACUGAGGCGGGCACAAUGCGCAUAGAUAUUUUUUAUCAGUCUGGCUGGUUUAUUCAAUAUCAAACCGUGAUGAGAUUUACCUUUGUGGAACUUCUAGCUAGUUUUGGUGGCAUAAUUGGACUUUUCCUGGGCGCCUCUUUACUCAGCGCAUUUGAGUUAGCCUACUACUCUUCCAUUGGCCUCUAUUUGUACAUUCAUGACAAGAGAAGAAGGAAUCAGCAUAAGUCUCGCCUUAUAACUAUACCAUUUGGCCAGAGAAAAAUAACGCCCAUUAAGUACAUUCAUUAA